CUGAAGCUGUUAGGAUCAUUUAAAGCCACGAUAAAACUUGCCGGAACAUCACAGGACGUCACAACAUUCUACGUGAUCAGAAACGGUACGCGUGACCUACUUGGACGUGUGACGGCAACCUCAUUGGGACUACUUCGAAUCAAUUUGGACAUCAACCAGGUCGGAACUGAGGCGUUUCCAAAAUUUAAAGGCGUUUUAGUUACCAUUCCGAUUGACGAUUCAGUGAAGCCCGUUGCUCAGCCGUAUCGGAGAAUUCCCAUCCCACUUGAAGAAAAAGUAGAGAAUAAACUGAAAGAAUUACUAGAAAGGGACAUUAUAGAAGUCGUGAAAGGUCCUUCUAACUGGAUUUCGCCUAUAGUCCCUGUGCUAAAAAACGGGGGUGAUAUCCGAUUAUGUGUGGAUAUGCGCCGAGCAAAUACGGCCAUACAACGUGAAAACCACCCACUGCCAACGAUAGAAGAACUGUUGCCUAAAGUUCGAGAAGCCAAAAUCUUUAGUAAGCUAGACAUACGAGAUGCAUUUCAUCAUAUCGAACUUCACACAGACUCAAGGCAUAUCACGACCUUCAUUACCAGCAAAGGAUUGUAUCGAUACAAAAGAAUGAUGUUUGGUAUCUCGUGUGCGCCAGAGAUUUUCCAAAAAACACUGGAACGAAUCCUUUUAGGUUGCGAAGGAGUCAUCAACUUCAUAGAUGACAUCUUGAUAUUUGGGAAAGACUUAUUAGAACACGACUUAAGGCUUAAAAAAGUUUUGGCAGUGUUAGAGGAAAAUAACAUGAUGUUGAGGGAAGACAAAUGCAUUUACAGAAUGAAGAAAGUCCACUUCCUAGGGCAUGAACUAUCAGAACUGGGAGUCAAACCACUAGACAAGUAUAUCUUGGCUAUAAAGGGAUUCAGAGCUCCGACGAAUAUCGCUGAACUGCAGAGUUUUAUGGGUUUAGUGAAUUACGUGGGAAAAUGGAUCCCCCACUUAGCAACGAUAACAGAACCCCUUAAGCAACUGCUACGGCAAAGAACGGGAAGAAACACAGUGAUUCAAGAUGACUGGGGGGAUGCCCAAAAGAAGGCAUUUAACGAUCUCAAGGCGGCACUUAUGAAGGUGCCAAAUUUAUGUUACUACAAUCCUCAUGAUAAGACGGUGGUGAUUGCAGAUGCAAGCCCAGUGGGUCUGGGAGCAGUGUUGGUGCAAAUCAACAAGAAUGGGCCGAGAAUAAUUGCAUUUGGUAAUAAAACCCUCAGCAGCUGUGAGCGUCGUUACUGCCAAACAGAGAAGGAGGCCUUAGCCCUGGUUUGGGCAGUCGAACAUUUCAACAUGUUCCUGUACGGUAAGAUGUUCGAUCUAGUAACGGAUCAUAAGCCCUUGGAGGUGAUAUUUGGCCCGAAAGCUAAACCAUGCGCUCGCAUUGAAAGGUGGGUAUUAAGGUUGCAAUCCUACAAUUUCAAGGUGAAAUAUAGUCCGGGGAAGACCAAUAUAGCCGAUCCACUAUCGAGACUCUGUGAAGUGGAAACAAACCCGACGACAUUACUUGAAGACCAUGUUCAAGCGAUUACCGAAUUGGCACGACCAGUAGCCAUUCCAUUACAAGAGAUCACUGAGAGUUCUCUUGGAGAUGCAGAGAUACAGAAGGUUAGAGAGGGUCUUUACAACGGAAACUGGGAGGAAACGGUAAAAACCUAUAAACUUUUUCAGGAUGAAUUAUGCUUUCAUGGCGAUAUUCUCAUCAGGGGGACGAAAAUUGUAAUCCCAACCAAGUUACGCAAAAGAGUUCUGGAAGCUGCGCACGAAGGCCACCCGGGGAUAGUCGCGAUGAAGAGCAGAUUGAGGACCAAAGUAUGGUGGCCUAAGUGCGACAAAGAUGCUGAAAACAUAUGCAAAGCCUGUAAAGGAUGCAUCCUGGUCUCUGCUCCCAGCGCCCCAAACCCAUUAAAAAGAAGAAAUUUACCUUCCGAACCGUGGGUCGACAUAGCAAUCGACCUCAUGGGCCCAUUACCUAGUGGAGACUAUAUCCUGGUAGUCGUGGAUUAUUAUACCAGAUAUAAAGAAGUGAAAACAUGCAGAACCAUAACAAGCUCUGAAAUAAUUGAAAUGCUUAAAGAAAUUUUUAGCAGACUUGGCAAUCCAGUCUCCCUCACAUCAGAUAAUGGUAGACAAUUUUCCAGCGAAGACUUUAAGAGCUUCUGCGCAGAGAGGAACAUACGACUCUACAAUAACAUUCCCUACUGGCCGAAACAAAACGGAGAAGUGGAGCGCCAGAAUAGGGACAUCCUAAAACGCCUCAAGAUCUCUCAAGUAGAGAAAAAGAACUGGAAGGAGGCUCUCCAGGAGUACAUGGUGAUGUACAAUAGUACACCUCACACAGUUACAGGAAAAACACCUGCAGAACUGUUCUUUCGACGGCAAUUUCGAGACAAACUGCCUAUGCUCCAAGACAUAACGCAUCUCUCAGAGGGUCUUGAAAUGAGGGAUAGAGAUAAAGAACUAAAGGAAAAAGGGAAGGAAUAUGCGGACAGGAAGAGAGGGGCUACUAACUGUGAAUUGGAAGUCGGAGAUAAAGUAUACGUCAAGAACAUGACUAAACAAAACAAGCUGAGCUUAAACUAUGAACCCGAAACACAUACCGUCGAAGCGAACAAAGGAGGGGACGUAAUUCUUCGGAACGAUGAAACCGGUCAGCAAAUCAGACGGAACGUCGUACAUCUAAAACGAGUGGAAGGGCAAUGGAAGGUACUAGAUGAUGAAAAUAAUGCUAGUGGUACUCAAACUAACGAUAAUGGUGACGUAAAUCAAUCACAACUCGAGUGA